AACGCACGUAGCGAGGGCUGCGGCCGUCCUUUCCUCGGCGCGCCGGCGCAGGCCUGGGGUUUAUAAAAGGGCUGACGGGCUCCCUCUGUCGCCCAGUCGCACCGCCAGCAGGCAGAGGGUAGCGGAGAGGUAGCCACCCGAGCGUAGGCGACGGGACCCGACAGGACCAACCGGACCCGAGCUGUCGCCGUCCUCACGCACGGCCCGCUGUCCAGGUGUGUGAACCCAUGAAGUCUUCCAAGAUGAUGUGGUGUGUUUUAAUGAUAGGGAUUCUACUUCCUCAGUCUUCAGCCCAUCCAGGCUUCUUUACUUCAAUUGGUCAGAUGACUGAUUUGAUCCAUACUGAGAAAGAUCUGGUGACAUCACUAAAGGAUUACAUUAAAGCAGAAGAGGACAAGUUAGAACAGAUAAAAAAAUGGGCAGAGAAGUUAGACCGACUAACCAGUACGGCAACCAAAGACCCAGAAGGGUUUGUUGGGCAUCCUGUAAAUGCAUUCAAAUUAAUGAAGCGUCUGAACACUGAAUGGAGUGAGUUGGAGAAUCUGAUCCUCAAGGAUAUGUCAGAUGGCUUUAUCUCUAACCUGACCAUUCAGAGGCAGUACUUCCCUAAUGAUGAAGAUCAGGUUGGGGCAGCUAAAGCUCUGUUUCGUCUGCAAGACACCUACAAUCUGGACACAGACACCAUCUCAAAGGGUAAUCUUCCAGGAGUGAUACACAAGUCUUUCCUAACGGCUGAGGACUGCUUUGAGUUGGGCAAAGUGGCCUAUACAGAAGCAGAUUAUUACCACACAGAACUGUGGAUGGAGCAAGCGCUAAUGCAGCUGGAGGAAGGCGAGGUUUCCACCAUAGACAAAGUCUCUGUUCUAGACUAUUUGAGCUAUGCUGUGUACCAGCAGGGAGACCUGGAUAAGGCACUUUUGCUCACAAAGAAGCUUCUUGAACUAGAUCCUGAACAUCAGAGAGCUAAUGGUAACUUAAGAUAUUUUGAGUACAUAAUGACUAAAGAAAAAGAUACCAAUAAAUCUGCUUCAGGUGACCAGUCUGAUCAGAAAAGUACACCAAAGAAAAAAGGGAUUGCUGUGGAUUACCUGCCAGAGAGACAGAAGUACGAAAUGCUGUGCCGUGGGGAGGGUAUCAAAAUGACACCUCGGAGACAAAAAAAGCUGUUCUGCCGCUACCACGAUGGAAACCGAAAUCCUAAAUUUAUUCUGGCUCCAGCCAAACAGGAGGAUGAGUGGGACAAGCCGCGUAUUAUUCGUUUCCAUGAUAUUAUUUCUGAUGCAGAAAUUGAGGUUGUCAAAGACUUAGCAAAACCAAGGCUGAGGCGAGCCACCAUUUCAAACCCAAUAACAGGAGACUUGGAGACGGUACAUUACAGAAUUAGCAAAAGUGCUUGGCUGUCUGGCUAUGAGGACCCUGUGGUAUCUAGAAUUAAUAUGAGAAUACAGGAUCUCACCGGACUAGAUGUUUCCACAGCAGAGGAAUUACAGGUAGCAAAUUAUGGAGUUGGAGGACAAUAUGAGCCCCAUUUUGACUUUGCACGGAAAGAUGAGCCGGAUGCUUUCAGAGAGCUUGGGACAGGAAAUAGAAUUGCUACAUGGCUGUUCUAUAUGAGUGACGUGUCUGCCGGAGGAGCCACUGUGUUUCCUGAAGUGGGGGCUAGUGUUUGGCCCAAAAAAGGCACCGCUGUCUUCUGGUAUAAUCUGUUUGCCAGUGGAGAAGGAGAUUACAGUACACGGCAUGCAGCCUGUCCCGUGCUAGUUGGAAACAAAUGGGUAUCCAACAAAUGGCUGCAUGAACGUGGACAGGAAUUCCGAAGGCCGUGCACCCUGUCAGAACUGGAAUGACAGACCGGCUCCCCUCGCUCCUGUUGUCCUCUAAUGCGCCCGGCACAAUCGCUGAUAACUUUCAGACGUUUACAGCUGACUAACACUCCAUGGUUAACUCGGUCAUGAACCUCGUCCCGUGUUUUGUCUGUGGACAAUCACUUAUUGUAUGGGCUUUUUUGUUUUUUAAUUAACACUCAGUCACCACAUUAUGUAAAAUUUUACAGUUCAUUAUCACAGAGUACAGGACAUUUAAAAUUAUGAAUCCUAAUUCUGUUGUUUAAAAGAGCUUUUUGGUUUAGAUUAAAAAAAACCAAAACAUCCAAUUGUAGAUUUCAGCGCAUCUGCGUAGAUGGUGGUCCCAGCGAGGCUGUGCGUGGGGUGCAAGAGCCUGUCCACCUGCUCUUCCUUCGCUGGAGUGUGCACACUCGUAAUAAACUAGGACCCUAGUCUGGGCCCUAAGGGCUUUGCCUCCAUCUAUUAGUCCACGUUCCUAUUAUUAUUUAAAGAAACUGUAUUUUUACCAGAUCUCCCUCCUCAACAGUGGUGAAUUCAAUUGGUUUGAGAAAAUUACUUCGUUCAAAAAGUUCUGCUUAGCAGAACUGCCCUACAACUAUAGUGCUCAGACUUUUUCUUCAGUGACUGAUGGUGUCCAGAGACUUACUGUUCCAAGUGCCAGGACCCUGCCUGUGUUCCUCCUACAGCAGGUGGUGGUGGCAUUCUGAUUAAUUACUGUGCCUUAGGAGACAGGGAGUUACAGGUCCUUGUAAUGACGAGUGAGGGAGUUGAUUUUAAAAAAGAAAUCUGUUUUAUAAAAAGCCAAAAUGUUUUUUCUUUCUGAAACGUGUUAUAACAGUGACCUAUUUAUGAUCUUAAAUCUUUUUUAAAAAAAUGUUUCUGUGUGGUAUUUUUCAUGUAAAAUAACACUGCUCACAGGUAUGUUACUCCUUUACUACAUAGAACUACAGUUUAGUAUUUGUGGUUAGACUUUUAGUCAAUCAAAACAUGUUUCUUUGGAGUCUAGCUUGCCUGGCCCACUUUCAGACUUUUAUGAGACACUAACAAAAAGUGUACUUUCUUCAGACACAGUCAUGCUUUGAUUAUGAGUUGUUACAAUAAUGAUACUUACACACUUUCUCUUA